UCAACGCGUCCUUGCUCUCCUAAAACAUUUCCGCUGUCCUCCCCAAGCGGCACCGUGAUAGAGCGGAGAGCGGCAAUGUCCAAGUACUGGAAACCAGGCUCCGAGAGGCCACGGACGGUUCUCGUCGACGACGAGGAAGGCGGAGUGCUCUUCGUUUCCACCCCUGCCUCCUCCUCCGGGUUCGGGUAUUUAAGUCUGGAGAGGCAGCGGCAGAGGCUUCCGGUGUAUAAAUAUCGGACUGCAAUUCUUUAUUUGGUGGAGAAUCACGCUACCACUAUAAUCGUUGGAGAAACGGGAAGCGGAAAGACCACCCAGAUACCCCAGUAUCUUAAAGAGGCAGGUUGGGCUGAAGGUGGUCGAGUUAUAGCUUGCACCCAGCCAAGACGAUUGGCUGUUCAGUCUGUUGCCUCACGGGUAGCUGAAGAGAUGGGUGUCAAACUUGGAGAAGAGGUUGGCUAUACCAUUCGUUUUGAGGAUCAAACAAAGCCGAAUGUAACCAAGAUCAAAUUUCUAACCGAUGGGGUGUUGCUUAGAGAAAUGAUGGAUGACCCUCUGCUGAUCAAGUACAGUGUCAUAAUGGUAGAUGAGGCUCAUGAAAGAUCCCUUUCAACAGACAUGUUACUAGGCCUCUUGAAAAAGGUCCAACGCCGUAGACCUCAGCUGCGUAUAAUCAUUUCAUCUGCAACAAUUGAUGCGAAAUCCAUGGCAACCUUUUUCCAUAUUAGGAGAAGGAAUAUAGGACAGGCUACAGAAGAUCCCGCACCUAGUGAGCUGCCUGCCACACUUUCUGUUGAAGGAAAAGGUUACAAUGUGGAAAUUCAUUAUGUUGAGGAGCCUGUCUCCGAUUAUUUACAAGCUGCUGUUGAUACUGUGAUGUCAAUUCAUGAUAAGGAACCACCUGGUGACAUUCUGGUCUUCCUUACAGGUCAAGAUGAUAUUGAUGCUGCUGUACAGUUACUUACAGAAGAUGCUCAAAACAAUGGUUUGUUAGUUUUGCCACUAUACUCGGGGCUUUCACGUGCAGAUCAGGACCUCAUUUUUUCUCCCACUCCCAAGGGAAAAAGGAAAGUUGUGAUAUCAACUAAUAUUGCUGAGACAUCAUUGACUUUGGAGGGAAUAGUGUAUGUCGUAGAUAGUGGGUUCUCAAAGCAGCGCUUUUAUAAUCCAAUUGCCGAUAUUGAGAACUUGGUUGUGGCACCAAUAUCCAAGGCUUCUGCAAGACAAAGGGCAGGGAGGGCUGGAAGGGUACGACCAGGGAAGUGUUUUAGACUUUAUACUGAAGAAUAUUUUGUCAAGGAAAUGCCUGCAGAAGGAAUUCCAGAAAUGCAAAGGUCAAGCCUUGUUUCCUGCGUGGUACAGUUGAAAGCCUUGGGCAUAGAUAAUAUACUGGGCUUUGAUUGGCUAGCUUCUCCAUCGCCAGAGGCAAUGAUCCGAGCACUUGAGGUUCUCUACUCCCUUGGAAUUCUUGAUGAAGAUGCCAAACUCACAUCACCUACUGGUUUUCAAGUUGCCGAGAUUCCAUUAGACCCUAUGAUCUCCAAAAUGAUCUUAUCAGCAGAUACAUUUGGGUGUUCGGAGGAGAUAAUAACUAUAGCAGCAGUUCUUUCUGUUCAGUCUAUAUGGGUUUCAGUUAGAGGAGCACAGAGGGAAUUUGAUGAAGUGAAGCUGCGGUUUGCUGCUGCUGAGGGAGAUCAUGUAACAUACCUGAAUGUCUACAAGGGAUUUAUUCACUCUGGCAAAUCUUCUCAGUGGUGUUACAAAAACUAUAUAAAUUACCAAGCUAUGAAGAAGGUUGUUGACAUCAGGGAACAACUCGGCAGGUUAUUGAGGCGGCUUGGCAUAGUUCUAAAAUCUUGUGAAAGAGACACACAGGUACUAAGAAAGGCAAUCCUUGCGGGUUUUUUUGCCCAUGCAUGCUGCUUGGAGGAGUUCAGUCCAAAUGGAAUGUACAAGACAAUUAAGAGUUCCCGAGAAGUAUACAUCCAUCCAUCUUCUGUACUCUUCAGAGUCAAUCCAAAGUGGGUGGUCUACCAUUCUCUUGUUUCCACUGACAAGCAUUAUAUGCGCAAUGUAAUUGCUAUUGAUCCAUCCUGGCUUAUUGAAGCUGCACCACAUUUCUAUCAACUCCGGAAGCCCAAUCCUGCUCCCUACUGAUUGCUGUAUUUGUCCAAACCUCUUCUAUAUGGAAAUCAGCAGGGCACCAUGAAAGGGUGACAUCAACAACUUGAUUGAGAGGUGACAUGAUCGUGGAUUUCUUGCAAUCCCACUCCGUAAAGUGACUGUUAGGUCAUUUUCAAAUCAGUUGUUUGAUCAGUUAUCAUAAGCAGGUGAUUUCAAGUGGGAUCUGGAAGUUAGAUUGGCAUGUAGAUAAAUUCCAGUUGAGGAAAUAUAAGAAUCUUGUAAGUUGAUGUGAUUACCGUUUGUUCUAUCCAGAAGAGCUGGGUGUUGGGGAUUGGGAGGAGAGCUGAUAUUUAACGUGAUCUUCUCUUAAUCAGCUUAGCGUGGAGAUGAUGUUAAUUUCCAUUUUGGUGCAUAUGUUGAACCUAUGUUAAUUAAAUUUUUUUGUUUUGCAUAAAUAGUUUUUAGGUGAGAAAUAUUAAUAAUGAUGCUAAUCAUCUGUCAUUUUUGCUACUAGGUAGCAACCGUAGUUUUUUAUGUAAUAUCGCCAGUAUCUUGCACUGAUAAUCUUCAUUUUUUUCUUAUCAUUU